UCAAGAGUAUAAAUUUUACAAAUUUUUGGUUCUCUUCGAAGGUGAAGUUGAUCGUUUCUUUACCAAGAAAAGUUUAUGCCUCUGUGAAAGCAGUUGGAGUUCGUGAACGCGUCGAUUGAUUCCGGCAGGAGCAGCUGUUGGAGUGUUGAGUUGUUUGUUUCUUUGGAAGGAAAGGGAGAGAUAAUGUCGGAAUACUAUGUGAUUGAGCUGAACUUUGAUCCUGCGCUUGAGAACCAGGUUUUGAAGGCCUGGAAUGUGUUGGCUCGGCGACAUAUUAGUACUCAUUUAAUCGAGAUUGGAUCAAGGCCUCAUGUUAAUUUGUUUACUAUCCCUUUUGUAGAAAUCACUAAGCUGGAGAACAUUCUAAAAAGCUUUGCUGCAAAGCAAGAACCCAUAUCAUUGUCCUUCUCUUCAAUUGGAAGCCUGCCUUCCGACAAUAACGUUUUGUUUCUUGGUCCGACUCCGUCUUUGUCUCUUCUUCAAUUUCAUUCGCAGUUGUUUGAUAUCUUGAAGAAAGAAGGUGUUGAAAUUGAGGAUGAGUACCGUCCGGAUAGAUGGAUUCCUUAUUGUCCUGUGGCUGAAGAAGUGGAAAAGACUCGCAUCGUUGAGGCAUUUACUGUUUUACGUGAUCAGAAGCUUUCGGUUAGCGGAUAUGCAACAGAGAUUUCAGUAGUUGAGUAUACCCCUGUUCGUGAGAUUGCCUCUUUCCCUCUGGGCCCAUAUCUUGCCAAUGAAAAUUGAAGUAUCGUCCUCUGCAGAAAGAUCAUGUUGAAGCAUUUGUUGGAUCGUAGAUGAUAAGAAUAGUGCUUACAUAUAUCGAAAGUAAUAUUCAUUGGACUUGACAGUUUUGUGAAUGCCAUCUUUUUUGUGCUACUUCAUGUGCUGAGACAGGGAAACAUGUUUUUGCAACUAAUUCGGUUCACAUACAAUUGUUGAAUGCAUGCCGUAAUGUGCUUUGAAUCGUCGUA